UGGCACAAGAAUUCAAAAAGCCAAACCUGACGCGGGGAUGGCCGACGACGAUGUGGUGGAGGUGCCGUUCCCAGUGGUGUUUCAAUGCCGCGUCUGCCGAGCCAUCGUGGCGGACUCGACCUCUCUCUCCUCUAGCGACGUGAACCAGCGAACGAUCACAUUCUGCCGCGUGACGCAUUUGCAGCCAAGCACGGCGAUCACUGCAGAAGGCGGGAAUUCGUUCCACACACUGCUAUGUACUCAAUGCGACGGCGUCCUUGGCAAAUUGUACGUAGGAACUGUUCGUGCCUUGGACCAUGCUCGCGACCUCUACACGUUGGACGCAGGAGCCCUCACGAAUUACCGGAUUGGCACAUCCAUUGAAGACAAUUUAACCACCACAGGCCAAAGCGACAUUCUCAUUGCAGACGACCCAGCAGCUGAUCCUACGUUGACAGUAGAGCAGUUUCGCUCUGACAUGGACAAGGUCCAAAACUUCCUCCUCUUGGUCGACGAGCGGUUAUGCGAUAUCGAAGAAGCCCUUCAACGAUGACCCCGAAGGUUUCUUCUGCCGCUGUGUACCCCACGUCCGCCACCCUCGCUACACUGCAGGCUGUCCACGGCAAACUCCGUGGCAAUGCGCCAAGUUUGCUGACAGUGAAAUGAUAAAUCGAGGAAUGUGGGAGAUAUUUUACAUUAAAUUUGUUUUAAAAAGAAGCUAGC